GGCUAAAGAGAGGAAAUAUGGCGUGCAAUGUAAUAGUGAGGUAUCUUGCGACAGCCUCUCCGUUUAGCACUUUCAUUGUGUCUAUUCUCGUGGCUUUUGCAGCUGUAGAAAGAGUAAAAUGUGACAGUGUGUUCAGUGCGAGCCAGACGGCUUCAGUGUCCGUCGCUGCUGCCAAAGAGCUGCGGUACCUUUUAUAUGAUGUAAACCCUCCAGAGGGAUUUAAUCUUCGGAGAGAUGUCUAUAUCCGCAUGGCUUCCAUGGUAAAAACUCUGAGGAAAGAUGGGGAUGACUGGGUAUUGGUUCUUCCCCCAUGGGGUCGCCUCUAUCACUGGCAAAGUCCAGACUUGCACCAAACCCGUAUCCCGUGGGGAGAGUUUUUCAGCCUCACCAGCCUGCAGGCCAAUGUGCCUGUCAUUGAGUAUGAGGAAUUUAUUGCAGAAAAUGGAGGGCCAUUUAUUGACCAAGUUCUGGUCCUGCAGAAUUAUGCUGAGGGAUGGACUGAUGGGCAAUGGGAAGAAAAAGUUGAUGAGAGGCCAUGCAUUGAGAAGUUAAUGUACUCCAAAGAUAAACAGGGCUACUACAGAGGCUGGUUUUGGGGCUAUGAGGAAACAAGAGCUCGGAAUGUAACAUGCAUAUCAGCUCAAGGUCAUGCUUCAAUCAUGGCUCCCGUUCUUCAGAAAAACUUCUCAGCAACAUCAGUUAUGCUUGAUCGCGCAGAGACACUCCUCCAUGAUCACUAUGCUGGGAAGGAUUACUGGGAUACUCGACGCAGCAUGGUUUUUGCCAAGCACUUACGACUCAUAGGUGAUGAUUUCAGAGCAAAAUACCUGAACUCUACAGACGACAGAGAUCAUACAAUAUAUAAUGAAGACUGGACUCGCAUGAAAGCUAAACCUGGCUCAGCCAAAGGUGGUCCAUACGUAGGGGUGCAUCUGCGCCGGAAGGAUUUUAUCUGGGGUCACAGAGACGAUGUCCCCAGCCUCAAGGGAGCAGUGAAAAAAAUCCGAAGCUUGAUGAAGAAACACAAACUGGACACUGUGUUUAUUGCAACUGAUGCAGAUGGGGACGAACUAAAGGAGCUGAAAAGMUUGUUGCCUGACAUGAUUCGGUUUGAAACAUCCCAAGAGGACUUGGAGCUGCUUAAAGAUGGAGGAGUGGCCAUUAUUGACCAGUGGAUCUGCGCUCAUGCAAGAUUCUUCAUCGGAACAUCAGUGUCCACCUUCUCUUUCCGGAUCCACGAGGAGAGAGAAAUCCUGGGUUUUGAUCCUAAAACUACGUACAACCGUUUCUGUGGAGACUCUGAGAAACAAUGUGAACAGCCCACGCACUGGAAAAUCGUUUACUGAUGUUACUGCAGACUUUCCUGACACUCAAGUGCCAAAAACAGUGUUAAAAGUGAUAUUUGGUGUGUGAUAUACAGUUUGUUUGUUUUUUAUAUAAAAUAUGUUCUCCCCAUUGUUAUUUCAGUGUUUUUAAUCAGAUGGAUUCUGUGGCUGAACUAUUUGCUUAAAAGACCCAAGUGUGUAUUACUGCAAAGUUGAACAAUUAAAUCUACAUAUAUUUAUAGACUGGAUGAUUUCUGUGUUUCAGUUUCAUUAGAAAUGUGUAUUUUACACAUUUGGUUUUGUAUUUUUUUAAACUGCUAAAAUGACUGAUAAUAUUUUGUGGCUGUGUUCUUAGUUUGCGUUUUACARUAUUUAACAAUUCACUGUUCAGAGCAUCUAAAAACUUGCUGUUAUUUUGUAGAAAAAACAUCUGGAUUAUAAAAGAACAGCAUAAAACAUUCAGGUCUGUUGAAGUGUACAAAUUCACAAUCAAAUGUUUUAUUUUUAUUUUUUUGGAUUUUAGUGAAAUUAAGCUUAGUGUUGGGCUCGUGAGCUCCAAAAAUAUAAUACUUUUUGUAUGUUUAAUAUGAAUAUUUUUCUUUUGAUUAAAAAAAAAGAGCAUUUACACAACAAAACAGUCAUUAUUUCAGUGGCAGGGGCUAAAAGAACAAAAUAAGUUUUGUCAGUUUUCACGUUUUAAAUUGCCAAAAUAAAGGAUAACACCGUUAUUUGUUUUGUGGACAAACAAAUAAUUUGGCUGUACGUAUCUUCUGGCCUCAUUGUGAUCUUUGGAAUAACUUUAAAUGAAAUGGGUUUAAAACAUUUUUGGUAAUAAAAUUUUGUUCUUUGUAUUUA